AGACUCUCUUCUUUUGACUUUGACAGCUCAUAAACUGAAAACAGUGAAGCGCUCUGAAGAGUUUUAAUGGCCAAAAAUGUCGCGAUUUCUUCUCUUAAACUUUGAAGACUUCGGUCUAAACCAAGAUAUAACGAAGACAAUACAGUCCCACACCUUAUUCUGUAUCUGUUGUCUUGAAAGAAACGUCGCUUUCAUAAAUAUUGCAACAUGUUCGCAUUCGGACUAUUUGGACAAUUUUACGAGACCAGAGUUAAAGCCUAUAAAUGAAGUGAUAUGCCACACUUGUCAUAACAUGCUGAAGAAAAUAAAACAAUUUAAGGUGCAAGUGGAACAGAGCUUCAAUUUAUUGACAACACAAGCACUUGACUCAGAAGGAGCUGACAUCAGAAAACCAAACUUCGAACUCUGCAACGUAGUAAACAUAAACAUUCCAUCGGAGACGCCAAACCCAAGUGAAACGGAAGCCAGCACUCCGGUCCCACCAGACAAGACCACAACACCAGUGCCCGAACCAACACCAACACCGCCAGCUAACGAGAAACAGAUGAAGAACAUAAAAGAAGCGUUAAAGAUUAUUGAUAAUAACACAAAGAAUGCAUCCGUGAAACUGUUCACAGAUUCCGUUAAGAAUUUAGUUGAGAAAGAAGCGGCAGCGAUCACGGAAUCCGUUGCUUGUUUUAUUAAAACGGAGAUUCCGGAGCCACCGGUCAUUGUUAAGAUUGAAGGGAAUACGUCUGUGGAGGAGGGAGCACAAGAAACACCAGUUUCUCCGAACAUAUUAAAUAUAAGAACUGUUAUGAUAACAGAGGAUGAGCUAAAAGAAGAAAGGGCGACCAUAGCUGCCUCAGACGCGUAUCAGAAGAUGCCGCAUCGCUGUGAUAAGUGCCUGAUAGGGUUCAAUUAUAAAGAGAACUUGGAAGAUCAUAAUAAUAGGAAACAUAUGGCUAAAAAAGGCUGUGUCGUUUGCGACAUUUGUGAACAAAUCCUGUAUCCGGCUGGUGGUUAUGCUGCACACAAGUAUAGACACUUUUCAAGAUUCGAGUGCGCGAAAUGCUGUAAGAGAUAUCAUUGCUACGAAUCAGCGGUCGAUCAUUACAAGCUAGCACACACCGAGCAGGUGGAGAGGCCGACAGGGCGUCGCAGGAGGCCCGAGUACAGGCUGCCGCGACAGGAUAGAGACAGGUCGCCACACGCGCCGCCCACUCACACGGUUGUGAAGAGACAGAACUCCGGGGCUGGUAAGAAGCAUCUCGUAUAUAGGUGCUCAAUCUGUAAACAAGUGCUGAAAAACUAUGAAAACCUGCAGAAACAUAUGCAGAUUAAACAUUUCAAGAAUUCCGGCCUCGAAUGUGACCUAUGCGGGAGAAAAUAUACUAUUGCAAUGUCAAAAAAUGUGGUGCGAGAGUGUGAACAUAAAAUUACACUUAAAAAUAAAAUAUCUGUUAGACGGCCAGGUAAAACGUCCACAGAACGAUCACGUGAAUUUAGACAGCGGAAAAAGGUUUUAAGAAAUGCAAUUAACAAAGAUCUGAAUAUAAUUACAAAGACUCCCAAAACUCCAGCAGAGCGUAGUCGAGACUACAGAGCUAGAAAGAGACAAAGACCUGAAGAAAAUGUUGAAACUGAAGUAAAUCAAGACAAUUCUCAACCUUCGACUUCAAGUUUACUAAUUAAAAGAAAAAAAACAUCAACAGAACGCGUUCGUGAGUUUAGAGCAAGAAAAAAAACAUGACGGUUUCAGAAAACAUUAUUGAAGAUUGUCCAACAUCAUCGAAUAUUUCUAACUAGCGACCCGCCCCGGCUUCGCACGGGAGCAGUGCGAAGUAAUAUAAUAAGUAAUAUACGCCACAGAAUGUCUUUGACGUUCUUUAUUUUGAUAAGGAUUCAUACCAUCGCCAUUGCUGCAUCGUAAUAAAAAUCUCUGGAAUAAAUGUUUCAAAUUUGAAAAUUGUAUACUUUUCGUAUUUCUUUUGAUAAGGAUUAGUACCAUCUCAACAAAAACAGCUUCGCAUACAAGUUU